CCUAAACCUAAAAGAGACGCAGACUCUUUUCUUUUAUCGCCGUCUCGCGUUUCCAGCCUCUGCACCUCUUUCUUUCUUUCACGGCGACUCCUCCUCUGCUCACGGCGGCAGCUGCUUUCUCUCCCUCUCCCUCGGCGACUCCUCUUCUGCUCAGUUUGGCGCAUUGCGUAGAAAACUGAAGCACCCAAGCUAUGGAGGAUGCUUCAUAUCCAAAUGGAGUCCAGGAAGAUAUAAUAAACAAAGAAGCGCCGCAGCUUGUGGCCCUGUUGAAGGAGAUGAAGCAAGGAUUGGAUGUCGUUGAUUCCAAAGUGAGGGCUUUGAUUGCCAAGGUGAAAGAAAAUCAGUAUCCGACAUCCCAAGGGUUUCACUAUCUUGAAGCCAAGAACAUGCUGCUUCUGCACUAUUGCCUGUCACUUGUCUAUUACUUACUUCGCAAGGCUGAAGGACUCUCAAUCAGUGGGCAUCCUGUUGUCCAGAGCCUUGUCGAGACGAGGUUGUUUUUGGAAAAGAUUCGGCCUAUUGACAAAAAGAUGCAGUACCAAAUUGAGAAGCUGACUAAGGUUACUGCGAGUACAGCGGAGAAUAUACAACCAAAUGAGAGGCAAUCACAAUCGAAUAAAACAGAAGAUCCGCUGAGUUAUCGCCCGAAUCCUCAUAUGAUUACUAGCAAAAUAGACACGACUUCUGAGGGUAGUGGCAAGUACAGACCACCCAAUAUUAACCCAACUUCAAUGGAGAAAGAUAGUAAGUCGUCAAGAUUUGAAAGAAAUGCACUCAGAAAGGAGGAGAACAGUCUACGACAGUCUAAGCAUAAUCGUUACCUGAAGGACAUGGUUGAUGAUUUUGAAGGGAGACCUGAAGAGAUUGUGGAUAGUAUUGGAGCUGAAAGUACAGAAAUGCAAAGAUUUAAGGCAAAAUGGGAUGAGCGUGAACGGCAGGAAGAGGAAAGUUUUGUUCGUGCUCCUAUUACAAAGGCGGAGAAAAAGAAGACAAAACACUUAUUAAAGUCAAGAAAUGGGUUGCUUGGUUUGACCGAAAAUUUCUUUGAAGAAGUUAAAAACCUACCAUUGGAAGAGGGGAAUGAUGAGAUGUCAAGUUUCAAUAGUGAUAGAGGUGGAAGAAGUGGAAUGAGGGGCCAUAAGAAGCGCAAGAUGAGACAUUGAAGGACAGACUUAUGCUGUUAUGCAGCUUCACAACUCCAUUUGCUUUGGUUUAGACGCAAACGAGCAUCCAUUUGGUGAUUAGUCAGUUUUGUUGUAAUCGUGCGAUAUGGGUAUCAAGUAUCAACAUAAAGUUUUUGAAGAAUUAAUUUAAAUUCAAUAUGCAAUAUUUUUGAAGUCCUUUUUUUGACCUCUUAGUGAACAGA